AUGGAGAUUUCUUUGAAUAAGCCUUCAGAGAGUAUGGAAUACGUGUCAUCAAAUAUACAAUUUAUAACAGAGAAUAAGGAGUUUAAUGGAGAUUUGGCGGAUUUUAUAGAAAACAGCGGAUUACAAAAUCAGGGUAUUGAUUAUAAUGUUGUGGCAGUUUUAGGAAGCCAAUCGACAGGAAAAAGCACAUUAUUGAAUAAGCUUUUUUCUACAUGUUUUAGUACUAUGGAUUCAUUGGUUAGAAAACAAACAACAAAAGGGAUUUGGCUUUCAAAGUCACGUAAUACAAAUAUUUUGAUUAUGGAUGUAGAAGGGAUGGAUGGGCGAGAACGAGGAGAAGAUCAGGAUUUUGAAAGGAAAUCUGCGCUUUUUGCAUUAGCAAUAAGCGAUGUAAUUAUUAUUAAUUUAUGGGAACAUCAAAUUGGACUAUAUCAAGGAGCAAAUAUGGGGCUAUUGAAAACUAUAUUUGAAGUUAAUCUUCAAUUGUUUCAAAAAAAUAGGUCUAGAAACGAAGAAAAUUCACUCAUAUUGUUUGUUGUUAGAGACUAUGUAGGAACAACUCCACUAAAAAAUUUAUCUAGUAUUUUGAAAUCUGAUCUAGAACGCAUCUGGAAUUUGCUAGCGAAACCCGAAAAAUUAGAAAAUUCUAUAAUUAAUGAUUUUUUUGAUCUUCAAUUUACUACUCUUUCUCAUAUGAUGUUAGCACCAGAAGCUUUUGAACAAGAUAUAAUAGAAUUGCAGAAAAGAUUUUUUGAUCGUUCUAAUGUUAAUUUCGUAUUUCGUUCUAAAUAUUAUAAACGAGUACCUGCAGAUGGCUUUUCUGUUUAUGUCAAAGGAAUAUGGGAAAAAAUUAUUACAAAUAAGGACCUUGAUUUGCCAACUCAACAGCAACUUUUAGCUCAAUAUCGAUGUGAUGAAAUUUCUAAAACAAUUUUAGAAAAUAUUGAUCCAACAAUUAAAGCUUUAGAAAAAUCUAUGCAUUCAGAGAAAUUUCUUGAUAAUUUAGAUCAGGAAAUGGAGAAACUAAAAGCAUUCGCAUUGGAAAUUUUUGAUAAAAAAGGGUCGCACUACUAUAAAGAUGUUUAUCUUUCUAAACGUUUCGAGUUAAUAGAUAAACUUCAUUCAAGAAUGUAUAUUCUUUACGUAACACAAAUAGGAACAUUGGUUAAUAUGGGCACUUCUCAAUUUAAAAGCAUUAUGAAAAGUGAGCUAGAUAAACCACACCAGGAUUUUAAUUUUGAAGUUCUUCUAAAUGAUUGCCGUCAUAAGGUAGAAAAAGAAUUUGAAACUAAAGCGUCAAAAUAUUGCAUUAGUGAAACUGGUUGGACAUUUACUCAAGAAUUAGAAUUACUUAGAAAAGAAAUAGACGAAGUAGCAUCUACUCUUCAGAAGGACCAGAAAUUUAAAUUAAUUAACAAUCUUGAAAAAGAAUUUAAAGAGCAGUUAGAUGAGCCUAUUUCUUUAAUUCUAAAAAAACCUUCUGAUGAUAUCUGGGACCAAGUUAUUUUAGAAUAUCUCAAUAUGACUAAUAAUUUUGCAAAGACUCUAUCUCAAAAACUUUCUGGUUUUGAUGUUUCUCAACAAGAAAAUGAGAAAACUCAAUCAGAUUUUAGGCAAAGAACAUUAUCUUUUUUAAAGGAGAAAAUUAAGCUGGAAAUAACAGAAGAUUCAGUUUUUCUUAUAUUAAGAGAAAUUUUUGAGGAUAAGUUUAGAUUUGACAAAGAUGGUGUCCCAAGAAUAUGGAAAUCGAGUGAUAAUAUUAAUGGAAUAUAUAAAACUCUUCUUGAAGACACAUUAAAACUUAUUUCAUUAUAUUCCACUGUUAAAUGUAAAGAUGGUUCAUAUCCUAAACUCGAAAUACCUUUAGAAAGUAAUUGUGAUUUAAAAAAAUUUUGGAAUAUUAUUUCUUCAACUAAGCAACAACAACUUAAUAAUAAAUUUAAACGAGUAGCAGAUGUGAUCUAUAUUGAUGCUAAACGUAGUAUAAUGACAAACGUUACUCGGAUACCACUAUAUUUUUACGUAUUACUCUUAGCUCUUGGGUGGAAUGAAAUUGUAAUGAUUAUACGAAAUCCUUUAUACUUUUUUUUUAUAUUUCUCUUAAUUUUUAUAUUUUAUAUUUUAUAUUCUUUAAACUUAAUAAUUCCUACUGAACGGAUUAUGAAGACUAUGUUUUCUCAUAUUAUAGAAAAUAUAAAUGUAGGUUGA